ACAACAGGUUUUCAUGUCUCAAGAAAUCCAAAUGUCAGCUUUCUUAGUCGAGACACACUUUCAUUUUUUGUCAGUGUGGCUAGGCUUAUAGUACUCAAACAUGAAUUUUACUUUAAGCUCAAUGAAUGCCCUUCUCAAAAUAUUAAGUAUAUUGGCCUGUAAUGCCGCUAACCAAGGUUUUCCACUCUGAUUCACGUCAGGUGAAUCACAGUGGCCAGCCAGCCCCAGAGUUCACUGCUACAGCCGUAGUGGACGGACAGUUCAAAGAGGUCAAGCUGUCCUACUACAGAGGCUUCACUUUGUAUGUGGUGCUGUUUUUCUACCUGCUGGACUUCACCUUUGUUUGCCCCACUGAGAUUGUGACCUUCAGAGAACGUGCUGAGGAGUUCAGGAAGAGUGACUGUGAGGUCCUGGCAGCCUCUACAGACUCCCACUUCAAUCACCUGGCCUGGAUCAACACAGAAAAGAAACAGGGAGGUCUGGGCCCUAUGAAGAUCCCUCUGCUGGCUGACCCCACCCAGGCCAUCUCCAGGGACUACGGAGUGCUGAAGGAGGAUGAGGGCAUAGCCUACAGAGGUCUGUUUGUGAUUGGUGACAAGGAGAUCCUGAGGCAGAUCCCCAUCAAUGACCUGCCAGUAGCGUGCUCUGUGGAUGAGACACUGUGCCUGGUGCAGGCCUUCCAGCACACUGACAAGUUUGGAGAGGUGUGCCCAGCCGGAAGGAGACCAGGGAGAGACACCAUCGUCCCAGACAUCCAGAAGAGCAAGGAGUUUUUCUCCAAACAGAACUGAUCCAUCCACAUCUCCGUAGAGGUGCUACGUCUAUACAGGGUACUAACUGAGCACUUACUGUUGUUAGCUGGAUC